UAUGAAAAGUAGGCUGAAAUCCCAAGAAGAACGAGACUUAAUGGUUAACAGCUUUCUGGAGACAUAGAGAGAGAUAACAACUUAAUGUCUGUCAGUGAAGGUAGACACCUUGGGCAGAACCACAUUCACUUGUGGAAAGCUAUGGAUAGGCAGAAUAAGAGGGGAAUGAGGACAGCCAAAUAAGUUAAAAACACUGAUAGAUAGAGCAGGUACAUGGUAGCAAAGCCAACAGGAUAAAAAAAAGUGAGACUUGGGUAGAAACUACAAUCAGAACCAGAUUAAUUUGUGGCCAGCCAUCUACCUUGACCAGCUGGGUGAUUGCAAAACUAAUAAAGCUGAACAGAUAAAGUUGAGCCAUACUUUUUCUUGGUUUUUGGGUGGGUGCAAACACUUCCUCUAAAUGAGGAUGACAUCAACCUUAGAGGGGUGAGGUAACAUCUGCCCGUUCUUACUGUGGCAUAAUAGCUUUGGAUAAAUGUCCUAAUGUAUUCAAAUGAUGUUGUAAUUACACUUCAGCCAAACAGAGUACAGAAAUAGAUUAGUGAUCUAUGCUGAAAGCUCUGAAAUGACACUUGAGUGCUUUUAUACAGAGCCAUUAACCAAUCAUUCAUUAUGACAUAUUGUUGUUUUGCCACUUCCCCAUUGUCUCUUUUUUUCUGUCUCUCAUCUUUGGACAGUCAUGCCUCUUAUUUCUGCUCACUUUUCACCCUUUUCAGAAAGGCGACAGACACUUUAACAAAUCCUGAUCCCUUAAUUGUGGAGUUUAUGGCAAGAAACGCUGAUUCAUUCAGAUUUAGAUGUCACAGCCUGACUCUGCAUAUGCUGAAAGUUAUUUCUCGAAUUGAUCUUUUCUCUCCUUCCUUCCUCUCUCCCUCCCUUUUUAUGUCUUUCUUCCUGUUGCUUCUCUUUCUCUUCGUUGCUCAGUCUCUUUCUCUUACCCCUGAUCUAUAUUUGCUUCGUCAUGCAGCAGAGGCCCCUUCUACCUCGUCCUCUGCCCUCGCUGGCGCCCUUUUCCCCCCUUACCUACUUUUUGCUGUCGUGUCUUUUUUUUCUUUUUUUUUAAUUGAUUUUUUUCUUCUUUUUUGUCUUUUGCAUCACCUUUCCUUUGAUUUUCACAAUCUUUUGCACUCUUUACCUCUCCUCUUAUUUCUGUCUCACCAAAAUAUGAACCCAAUCAGAAAAUGUAUCUCAUAAAAAGUCCAUAAAAUAACCCUCUCCAAGACUCCACUUGGUUUUAAGUGGGCAACUUAAGCGCUACUGUUACUAUCUGAGCUCUUUAUUUAGAAGCAAUUCAAUUAUUGAUCAAGGUCUUAACCCAUAAAUCCCCCCACUCUGCUGGUAAACAGCCUUUGUGGAGGGCCCGGCAUCUGUUAAAGUGCUGACAAGUGCUGAUGUAUUGUAAGUCCACCUCUCUGUCUGACACUCACACAUGCACAAACAAAACAAUGUGCAGUGCAGAAUUUCAUCCCUCCCGUUACUCCCAUUUGUCGACAAAAUACGCGUGCUUGUACCCAAGCUUUCUAAUGGCUCUGAAUUAUAAAUGAGUGAUUGAUUUUGGCUGAUAUCUGAUGUCACAAAUGAAGGCGAUCGAUCAGCAGACUGUAAUUAGACUCUGAGACGCUGAAUGACAUCAUGAGCGCAGGAAAUGUGAUCAGAAUUGGUUGAAAUUGCGAUAGCAGUGUAGUGAUUUAUUUUAGAUCUGGAGGAUUUACAGAUAUUCUUGUUUACUUUGAUGCCAGUUUGUAGAAAUCAUUGGUCAAAGUACAGCAUUUGAGGAUAAAGUCUAUUUAGAUGACAUGCUGCUGUUGAAUUUGUAGCCUAUCUUUUGCUGCCACCUCCUGGAUUCUCAGUGUUAGUACCUCUCACAUCAGAUUCAGUGGGAACCUACCCACUCGACUGAAGUAGAAAACUGUCCACCAGCAGGAGUCAGAGGUCUCAGCCAGUGGAAAGACAUUUUGUUCCUUGCUCAUGUGGGAUUCAUGUGAGGUCUUUCUCAGUUAAAUCAUGUGAACACCCUUUUUUUGUGAGGAUAUGACACUGUACAGAUAACAGCUGACAGCACCGGUGGUACGGCUCUCUCCUGUGAUGCUUUGCGCCUCUUUCCAGAUGUCUUUGAUUCACAUGAUAACGCCUCCUCUUAUCUCGUCUCCUUGAUUUAUGGACCCAGGCUUUUGUGUGUUUGUGUAGUCUGUUCUCUUUCAGGUCUUCGUCAGGUUGUCAUGAUGGAGAGGAGGUCUUGUGGCAGAGGCCCUUGGGCACCUGGGAAUUGCUCAACAUCAUCCUAGGUUAUUUUCCUGUAUUAUUCUGCAAACAAAGUAGCCUUUAUUGCCUUUUAUGUAAUUUUACAAUACAACAAGUUCAACCAUAACUUACAGGCUCUGAAAGAAAACUAUUCUGUGGUUUAAAAAAUCACUUUUUUUACAUUUGAUAUGUUAUCCCUUUGUCUUUUAUUAAAUAAUCAUAGGGUUAAAAUGUUUGGCUUUAACUUUUUGACACAAUGUCCCAAACUUGGGGAAAUGGGGUUGUAAAAUAGUUGAAAAUAAUAAGCAAACCGAAUGAAACUUUAACAAAAAUGGAGAGUAUAAUAAACUCUGAAUGAAAGCAGCUGUAAUGCAGAUUUCAGACACUAGGUGGAAGACGAGACUAAAUGUUUUAACGCUGCUUGAAUGGCUCUCUAUAGAUGAACACAAUGCUGACACGUUAUAUUUAAUUGCUUAGGUAUUCAACUUUAUCUUUAGAAAUAUAUAGAAGUAUGAUAUACCUUGUAAAAUUGGAUUAGUGAAAUCAAUAGUCCCGUUUUAGACAUUGUUUUCUUCAAAGUUUGGACACAUCUGUCAAUAAAAUCGCAACUUUUCAAGGAUUUAAGGCGUUUUUGAAGAGUGUGUAUUUAUUUGAGUGUGUGUGUAUUAGUGUGUUUGUAUUACACAAUGUCGUUUUUUACAUUGUUGUGAAACAGAUUAAGUUACAUCCGGAUUAAAAAACGCUCUAUUUGUCUUUACUCUUAAUACGAGCCAGAUGUGACUGAUGCUGCUGUCACUCAGAUCUCCGGCGACCAAUCACAGCGCGCCUUAGCUCCUCCCUCCCUCCUCCCUCCCUGCUGAUCAUGAGCGUCUCUCUGAAAAAGGAGGAAAGUUGUCCUCUUCUUUCUCCCCCUGCGCCUCUCUCCCUCUUUCAUUCAGGCCGGCUCCACGAUGCAGAGAGGGCAGCUGUUGGCGGUGUGUGCGCUCUGCUGGAGCGUCAGCGUGUGUGUGGUUUCGGGCAUCCAGAGGGCUGAUCUGUUUCCUUAUGGUCCUCUGAGUGGAGAUAUGAUUCUGGCUGAGGGCGACGAUGAAACGUCCAAAGUGCUGACCCUGCCCAGACCCUUAUACUUCUACGACUCCCACUUCACCCAGUUAUAUGUGAGUACUGUUAAAUGCAGACUGUUUGCAUGCUUUUAAUCUCUGCAAUACCGUGAAAUUAUAACCUUUUGCAGGUGAUGUUUGAUAGAGUUGUGGCUGGUUUUAUAGUGCAAAAUAAAACUAAAAAUGAGCUUGUUUAAUGAGGAGAAAAUCAAGACCUUAGAAUAAGGGGGCACUGGACUCACAAAUAUUUAUUUUUUCCUAUUGUGCUGGAUUUUGUUAGGCUUUUAGCAUUUAAAAAGUAUUUGUUAUGACUUUUUUUGAGUCCCAUUUAUCCUGGGAAUAAACACAGGCUGCUGAUUAGGACAACAGGUGUGUUUUUAACUCAUUUUUACAGUUAAUUGCUGUGAAAUAAAACAACACAGGUGUGUUUGUAUUGUUAGAGAGAGUGUGAGCAGCAGUUCUACACUGCAAAAAGUUAGUGAAACUACUUUUGUCUUGAUGGACCAAAAGUGAAAGUACCCAUUACAAUGGACCCUGUUAGCAGUGUAAAAUUGACGGCAGUUUAAAAUUACUUAGUUACAGUGUUCAGGUGCAGGUUUUGGUUUAAGUGUCUCUAUUUUAUGUGACCAUUGGCUAUGUUUAGACAAGAGAAGCACCAAUAAAAGCUGAAAAGUCUUUUCUUUGGCAACGCUGUGGAAAUGAUCCGUACACAGUUGAAUCUGCAAAACUGACUAAAGACGCGAGUGUAUGCAUGCCAGGCUACCAGUUGACAAUAUGACUUUGUAAUGUAAUUAAACCGGUAUUGCUGCACAUUAAAAAAAUUGUUGCACAGAGUAUUAAACAGCACACUGUAGAAAAAAACAAGCUUUUUAAAGCUCCUCUAAGGAGCUUUGUGUUCCUGUCAAAUUUUUCGCCCCCUGUUGACAGAGUAGUACCGUAUUUUUUGCACUGUAAGGCGCACCAUCAAUUAACGCGUUUAUUCAUGUCUAUUUUCAUACAGAAGGCGCAUCGGAUUAUAAAGCGCAUUAAGCCAAACAAAACAGUCAGAUAAGUCAAACUUUAUUUAACUCAGUCAAUAACUCCGCGAGGCUACGGUAGCUGCAGUGCUCCGACAAGCCAAAAUGAUUUUAAGUGCGCCUUAUAGUGCGGAAAAUACGGUAUUUGCUUAUCUCGUAUUCUACAUGCUAAAGCAGCGUCUUCUGUGACACUAAUGAUAGUCAAGUACAUUAUUUAUUACUUAAAUUUAACCUUAAGAAUGCCAAAUCAAGGCUGACACCUACCCCCUUAUCAAAAAACUGACUUUGAUUCAUCCCUAUUUUUUGCUUUUUUGCGGCAUGCUGCCCCGACACUUACCCCCUUGGUGGUUUUAGGCAUAGAAAAUAACAAAACAGACAUUGUUAGUCUUGUUACUGAUGGUUUAGUUUGCUUUUGUGGGCCAUAAGGAGGCAUCACUUUCAGUUUUUGCACAUUUCAUUACUGACUAAAAUUAGCUCACAGGAGUUUUAGGUUAGCACAACCACACUGUAAAAAAUCACAGUUAAAUCUAACAGUCAAUGUGCUGAAGUUGAUGCUAAAGUUGAUGUGUUUGGGUUGUUAAACAUCUUUUUUUUUUACAGUGUAGCAAAUGUAAAAGUUGGUUUGGGUUGAAUGUGGUUUCAGUAUCUGUCACUGAUAGUCUGGGAUGAAGGUCAGGGAGCCCCAGAGGCUUCUUGUGGAGGUUGUUGGUGGUUUAUAGGGAGAUCUUGAGGUUCAUUAUGUGGUUCCUGGGGUCCAUGAGGAGGUUGCAGUGGUUUAUGGGAGGGAUACGGGUUCAUUAGGAGGUUCCAUAGGUUCAAGAUGGCUUUUUAGAUAUCCCUGAGAGGGGUUUAUGAUGGUUUUUGAAGUGUUGAAGACACCACUAGCUGGACUCAUUGGUAAUCAGUCACCCUUUUCGUUUCUAGGUGGCCACCAAUGGAAUCAUCUCAGCUCAGGACCUGCCCAUGGAAAAGCAGUAUGUGGAUGAUGGCUUCCCUACAGAUUUCCCCGCUAUGGCGCCAUUUCUGGCGGACAUUGACACCACUGGAGGGCGAGGACAGAUUUACUACAGGGUGACCGAGACGCCCAGCGUGCUCAACAAGAUGGCGCAGGUCUGUUUGUGCAUUUAAACGAGAGUCAAAUACCCACUAAGAUGACUUCUCUUUGCUUGAACUGAACUAUCAAUCUGAAUUCUUCCUUUUCCCGUUAGUUCAAUCCAUCUCUGCAUCUCCAUCUCUAUCUCUUUCUAUCUCUUUUCGCCAUUCAUUCAUGAUUCAUCUGCUCAUCCAGGAGGUACACCGAGGGUUCCCGGAUGCUAAAUUCACACCUACACAUGUCGUGGUCGCUACGUGGGAGAACGUGGCAGCGUAUGAGGAACCGUCUCGGGCCGCCGGACCUUCAAACAAGGUAUGAUUGACGAGUUACGCCGUCAUCUCGUAAACAGGCCGCAUGUUUGGCUUCUCGUGAGAGACAAUCCCAAAUUCCUGGAGGAUGUGCAUCGCUUGUAAUCAGCCAGGGGUGGGGGGCCUAUUUGUAAUUCCUCUCUCCCUCCUAAUCUGUCUCUUAACCUUUUCAAGAGGUCAGAGGUCAUCUUUAAGGGUCAUCAAAGUGCCUCCCAACUCAUUAUCCCCUCCUCCAGUUCACACACAGGUAGAUGCAAACAUGUUUCUGCUCACAUGCUCUGGUGGUCGUUGCACCCCUCCCUUGUUUGUGAGCCAGUUACUUGUUAAUAACCUGGUUUGCCAUUAAAGUACUCAUCUCCAGUUUCACCUCACUGAGCUCGUAGCGUAUUUCCCCAGAUAGUGCGUGCCCUGACAUCCUCUUCUUCUGUCAAAACCCCCUCUUGCACCUGUCCUUUUCAUCAAACUCACUAUCUUUGACUCCUAUCUCUCCAUACUUGACCCUCUUUAGCAUCUUUAGUCCUUCGUGAACCCAUCAAACUUUGGAUUCUUCUUUUCUAAUCAUGCAACUCUGAUGUGAUUUCUCUCAUUUCUGCACAAAUAUUAAGUCUAGAGUGAGGCUGAGAUAACCCUGAUGGCAUCACUGUGACAAAUCUACAACCCAGAUUUUAUAAAAGUGAUGAUAAAUAAAGUUGAUAAAGUAGAUUUUGAUCAUUUGAAAUGACUCAAUCCUUUGGUUUGAUUUUACAGUAGUCCAGAGACGACAUAUCCUCGUUGUCAUGGCUGUUUUAGAGGUCAUUUUGUGAUUUCCACUUCAGAGUCAUGUUUGUUUUUAAUGCAGACCUCUCCAGAUUCUCUCUGUUUUUUAAUGAUAUUGCGUUUUAUAUAUAUGCUGAAAUCCCACAAUUCAUUGCUGAAGAUUUUGACUCCAAGAUUGUUCAAGUAUUCGCUCACGCUGCGUCCCCUAAAGCCGCUCCUCCUGAACUUAUUGAUCAAACAAACACAGCUUUGUUGUUCCUGGUUGGUCGUGCGUGGGUUGGAGGGAUGAAGGGAGUGGCAGAUUUAAGAAAAGCCCCCCGGAGAUCUCGCCGUCUCCCUCCGUCUCAUCUGCUUGUCCUUUCUCUUAACUCUUGCGGUCUGCUCUUGCGGUUAACUCUUUUUUUUUUACAUCUCUUUGAAUUCUGAUUGUUUAAAGGCAAACUAAUCAGUGAUUUUAAGCCUCAGUAUUGAAAUUCAGGCCUCAAGACCCCCGCCAAUGUUGACGAAAUGCUACCUCAAUGUUGACAUCCGCCUUUUAAAGUAAAAGAUUAUUUAUUAUGUGCUAAAUGGGGGUUGUUGUGUUAUUUAAAAGCCCCGUCUGCCUUGUCGGAUCGAAGCAGUCGGGGUCCCUGCUGGGAUUUACUCCAGUGGGUCCCACUUUGCGCUGAUAGCAUCUCCCCUUUGAAGUGAUUAGCCAGAGGUGCUGGGUGGGGUGUGUUGGGGGUGGAGUGGUGGUAUGUGUGUGUGAGCACUGAUUAACCUGAGGUGUGUGUGUGUGUGUGUGUGUGUGUGUGUGUGUGUGUGUGUGUGUGUGUGUGUGUGUGUGUGUGUUUGUCAGGAUGUGUAUUAGGAGUGACGAGGUGAGGUAGUGUUUUAGGGGGAUGGGGGCAGACUGGGUGGCGUUUAGGGGCCGGAUACAGAGAUGGGAAAAUACGGUGAGCAGAAAAGAGAAAGUUCACAUCCUUAAGAAAGCAGAGCUGUGUCUAUGAAAUGAGCCUAAAAGAGGUUAUUAUCAUAAUUGCAAAGUAAUUGCUUCACUUGAAACUUAAAACACACACACUCUGUUGUAUCUGCUACCAUGUAGCUCAAUUUGCUAAUGACCGGAGUCAUUUACAGAGUCUGGACUUCCAUGUGUUGAUGUUGUAGGAAGUGUUCAGCUCUUAGCAGCACAUUGCUAAUCCGUCUUCACAUUAGGAUGCAUAAUCACCAGGUGAAAAGUGACUUUGAAUGACAGGAUAAUACUCAAUACAGAAAGAGGGUUCAUGCUAUGAAAACAUCUAAAUGAAAAGGUUCUGCAUGAACACAAUAUUAGAAAAGUGUCCUGAAGUCUUCAUCCUGAGAGCAUCACUGUGUCUGAGCUGCUCUCUGAAACUCUCCUCUCAGCUCCGAGUGCAGGAAUGGAAAGUGUUUAUGACAUGUUUGGUGUGUGAAGGUCAGACGAGGCCAACAGGAUGAAUAAAUGGACUCCUCUGUUAGAUCUGGCCCUCACCUUUCACUUCUCGCUCUCUCUGCCUCCUCUUUUCUCUUGUCCUCCAUGUUUUUUUUUCUUUUUUGUAGCACAGAAGGAACUUUUGUUUUCUUUUGUAUGAUUUGUUGUUUCUUGGGGGGCCUUGCAAGGACACAGUGGGAAUCUCUUAGAUAUGGAGCCCCUGAAAUCACAGCAAGAUUUAAUUAUAUUACAUGCACAAGAUAUUUUCAUGAGCGUUUAUAUGUAAUUGAUGCUCAGGAUAUAAGUAUCUUGUACCAACUACAUAAAUAUCUCAUGGAACAUAACAUUAUCUCUCAGAAACAAUUUAAUUACAACUAAUCAUGAGUAAAUAUCUUUCGCAACAAUAUAUCUGGUGCUACUGUGUGCAUACAGCAUACUUAUCUUGUGAGAGUAAGCUAUUGUUAUAUAGGAACAAAAUUGAACUAUCAUGUGUGCAUAAUUGUAGUAGUUUGUGCUCAUAUUGUGUUGUUUUGUGCACACUAUAAGAACCUCCCAUACACAAGUUACUUUCCAUUGUGCACAAUGUAAUAGACACACUUUUAUGGCACACUUGGGCACAAGAAAGUAUCUUGCAUGCACAACUUAAUUAUAACUUAAUUCUUGUACAAGAUAUUUAUCUGCACGCAGUAUUUUGAGAUUGGAAGUUUAGUUUAUGCUAAGGCUGGUUUAGGUCCUGACUAAUGAUCAGUACAGUUGUUUUCUUAUUUGAUCUUGUUGGGAACAUGUUCAUGUCCAGAAACCUUCCAGGAUCUUUAAAGAAGCAGCUACAGCAGUCCUGUCCAUAUGCUCACAAGUAGAUCAAAAAACCUUCAAAUCCUUGAAGUUGAACAAUUUCCUCAAACAUAUGAAGAGCAGGGAUUCCUUUGGAGCAGAGCUGAAGUUAUAACAGGCAUGCCCCCCCCCAAAAAAAAAAAAAAAAACUGGAGCAAGAUUUUCAUACAACAACAGUGAAAUACUGGCUGUACUGCUCCUGGCUGCAAUCCUGGACUGUGUGUGUGUUCAUGUGUGUGUGUAUAUGUGUGUGUGCCAGUUCCCACGCUACAGGCAGUUCCGUUUGUAGCACUCUGGUGAGGCUGGCAACUGGACUGCAGCUGCUCUCCGUCUCUCUCUCUCUGUGCCUGCUUACAGCUGUGCUGUAAAACCAGCGACCGACCAACAAACAAGUGUCGUACAUUCAUCCCUUACCUCCCUCUGUCGCUCUCCUCUCUGGGAUGUUCCUGGCGAACCAAAGUGGAAUCCAGCUUUGGAUAAUUAUAACAUGAUUCGAAACAUUCGCUGCAGACUGUUGAGUCACGUAUUUGAAGCGCAGACGAGAUGAGAAGUCGGUGAAACUGCAUUCAGCUUAAGUCAGCUGAGUAGACUAAACUAUAUAAAGACAGAGUAAAGCAGAUGAGCGCAUAAACAGAGCUGGACAAGACCAAACAGAGGUAAAUAUGAUGAGACUACACCAAAUGAGACAUAAAAUUGCUUCCACACAACACCUGCUACGUGUUAGCAGCAGCUGUAGGGUUUGGAGGGUAUAAUUAAGCCAUGUCAGGUCGUAUAGGCUACGUAAGUUAUUUGUCUGCUGAUUAACAGUUUGGGGUUACAGGGAUCUUGUACAAUUAUUCAUAUAUUCCAACAUCUGUCUCAAGCCCUAUGCUAGUUUUGCUGUGGCGCAGCAGUGUGGCGUGCCUGUUUACACUUUACAACCAUGUCGUCUCUGUAGUUACAAAUUACACAGCGCAGUGCUUGUCCCGUUUUUCAAGUCUGGAUCAAGUCAGGUAAAAAAAAAAAAUCCAUCUUUGUGCCCACACAUGUAGCUAGAUUUGAUUACGAUUGAAACCUUUAGAAAUGCAUCAGCGAGCAUCUCUUGGAGCUCGAGAUUAUUUAAAGAGACAGCUUCUCUUCGGGGAUUGAGUAGAAAAGAAUCAAGAAGCCACCUGACAUAUUGAACUUGGGCUACCUGCUUCAGAGAAGAUAGCGUCUUUAUUAAGGCACUCUAUGUAGCUUCUUAGCUAAAUGGGAGCCUUUCAAAUUGUGCAAUUAAAGUUGCUUAAAUUGUAAAAAUCUUAUUAAAUGGAGUUUGCAAAGUAACAAGACAUAUCUCACUCUUUAAAAACCACAACUUGUUGCUUUUAAGACAAUGCAGUCAAAUACCAUAAGCUUUAAAUCUUUUUUUUGUGUCCAGAUGCUAAGGAGGAGAACUAAAUUCACUAAAAUGACAGACAUUAAAGCUCCGAUGAGAAACUUUAUGUUUGUGUCGACUUUGGCGCCCCCUGUGGACAAAGUGGUACUUCUUCGCAUAUUUAGUUGAUCGCAUUAAACCCUGUUCUGCUUUUUUAACAGACAAAUGUAUCACAGUAUAAUGAUCUUUAUUGAAGUACAACACUCAGCUUGACACCUACCCAGCAGCAGCAGUUACAAACAUUAGAAAUCACUUUAUAUGGAGAGUAAAGCUUGUUGUUUACGCUCUGGUUUGCUUUUUUAAGGUAAUAAUAUGAUUUUCAGUGUCGUGUCUGAGUCCUCCUGAGUUACCUGCACCAACACCAUAUAUUUACAUUAGAGUUGUAGGGUGUUAACAGACUUCAGACCCCCGUGGUGCAGCAGACAGACCCAGCAGACAGAUGAUGUUACCACUUAAACUGUCAGGAUGUCGCUGGCAACAAACAUUUGUUGAUCCCGGAGACGAUUACCGUCUGUGUGUGUGAGUGUGUCUGGUCAGUGUGAGGAAAGUCUUUAAAAAGGUGUGACAAACCCCUGUAGGAAGGUCGAGGGGGCGUGUGUGUGUGUGCUCUGACACACACACACACACACACACACUCACUCACAUACCGAGCUGAAUGUCUUUGAUGUGUGUUGGCUGCAAUUUGUUGUCUUCCAGCUGUGAGUGUGUGAAGCACACGAGGCUGCUUCACACAGACUGAGUCAAAGUCAGCAAAUUACCACACUGAAAGGGGAGGGGCUGAGGGGAGACCACAAAUUAAAGGAAUAGUUUGACAUUUUGGGAAUUAUGCUGAUUUAUUUUCUAACUAACCAAGAGUGAAAUCAGAGGGUCCAUCAUACACUUUUAACUAUGGAGCUAGCUGAAAGUACUGGAAACGGGGUAAAAACAGUGAGUCAUGCUCUUUUUGGUGUUGGAGAAGAGCCUCACUGAACCCAUGACCUUUGAUUAUUAUACUUAAAACACAUUUUUUUAUCUCUUAUACAAAAUAAAAAUGUACUUUGUCCAAUCCAAAAGACUUCCCACAAAUUAAAUCAAAGAAAGAAAAAGGAUUCGAGUUGAAAUCAAAGCUCCUAUGAGAAGUUUUGUGACAUUUAUAAAAUACUCUAGAAUUUCUAUUGAUGCAUUUUUAUGGAUAUUAAAAAAAUGCAUCCGUAUGAAUUCCAGUCCAUGGCAAUCAUAUAAAAAAAAAAACUUUCACAGGAGCUUUAAGCCUAUAGAGGACCAGAAAAUUAGCAAACGCUAAAACUGGCACAACCCAAAAGAGACGACUUUUAAGAUUUCACCAAAGGAUGGAAGAUAUUGGUUUUUUUUGUGAAGAAUGCAUGAAAGGUCAUCAUGCCACCCCAAUUUUGUUGACUUCAAGCUCCUUUGAGGUAUUUUUGACAUGAAUGAAAUCGCCUCAUAUUCAGAUUUAUGAUAUACAAAAGGAAACAAGACCGUCAGAGCGGUAAUACGCAGAUUUUAUUGUGUAAUUUUAGUGCCUGAAUUCAGUGUGAGGGGGUAGGUAGAUAAAAAAGAUAACAGAUUUGAUUCUGAGAAGUCAGCAGGAUGACAUUCUUGACACAACUGAAGCAUGUCGAUUGUAGGAUAAAUACAAACUGCUUUGUCCACAGGGGGCGCCAAAAUUGACCCAAAAAAGGAGCUCAAAGUUUUUGAAACCAUUUCAAAGAAAUGAUCCCUUUUCUGUCUCCCAUUGUAAACCAGACUUAAGGUGAUCCCUCCAACCCCCUGCAUCCUUUCAUCUCUCUAUCUGUCUAAGCUCUCUCCCUCUAUCCCCCCCCCUCCCAGGAAGAAGGAGGGGCAGUCGGGGAGAAAAAUACAGACGUUUAACAGGGAUAUUAAGGACAAAGGAAAAGCAGAUCCCCUCUUGUAGCUCCAGCGUCUUCUCCUCCUUCCCAAAGACAGAAAAAAGAAAGACCCCCUCCUCAGUAAUUAGACCGAGCCUGGGGGCUACAAAGUCUUCCCCGCCCACAAACAACAAGAUAGUUUAAAGAUGUUGAUGUAAACAAUUAGGAACACACACAUACACUCACAUGAAGUGAACAUAGGUAGAGGGACAUCUGUGUUGGAUAAGUGCGUCUCACAUUGUAACGAUGUCUGGUUUGAAUGCUGUAACAUCAUCAUGAAAGAUGUCCAGACACACAGGAAGACAGCUGUGGAGAUCAACAUCUGGGCCGGGGGUUUGGAGACGAGAUGUGUGUGUGUGUGUGCUUCUCUGUGUUUGUACAGAUAAUGUGAUUCUCUCCCAAAGGAAAACAACACAGAAUCACUCACAGUCUUCCCCUCAUUCACCAAAUCGGAGUGUUUUCUAAAUGUGGUUUAAGGAGGGAGAGUGGGCUGAGCGCACCCACUGACAUGUAGGAAAUAAGUUCCUGAAGUAACAAUCCAGUGUUUAGCCAAGAAGUCCUCUGAUUCAUCUCCUUCGGUUUAUUUACUCUGUCCUAAUUCACUCAGAAUAGAUGUUUAGAAACCCACAUACUCGGGUCAGUAUGUCAAUAAUUUGUGGUGGUCGGAAGAAGGGGGUUCGAAGGGUGUGAAUUACACACAUGACUCCCAGCAGAGCGAGAGAUGAGAGAGGAAGAGGGGGAGACGGAAGAGGAGAGGAGCAGAGGUGUGAAGUUUAAAUAUGAGGUGUGAGAGUUAGAAUAAUUUGGAGGUGGUCGAGUGGGACUGACUUUGAGAGCACACAAAAGGUGACCUCAUCUCUUUGAAACUGGCCAAAGACAAAUAUUCACAAGGCUCCUCCUCAGUUUGGAAGUUAUCUGCUUCACUUUAGCUGAGAAACCGAGUCAGUUUUAAAUUAAAGAAGAAACUGAACGUUGUUUGAAUACUGAUUUUUAAUAGGGUUUCUCUAUGCAUUGUACAGUUUUAACCCUGAGUUUUUGGGCCAACGAUUUCCACAACAGAGGCAUGCUAGUUUUUGAUGCAGGGGCACCUGAUGGUCUAUUUACUGUAUAACAGCCAAACAGUAUCUUUUUUCAACUAUGUUCCUUUUUGUGCUACUAUAUCUCCAGAUUUAUUUAAUCUUUUCAUAUUAUCAUGCACUAUAGCUCAUGUCAUUUGCAUAAGAAAGCUCCUGUGAUGAGUUUUUUGAUAGUUACGAAACAGACUGAAAUUCAUAUUGAUGCUUUUUCGUGAUAUACAAAAGCAAAAAAGACUGAUGAUUUCUAUCUUCCCACUGAGCAUUUUUUGGUCUUAAUGAGGUCUAAUAGACGUCUAAAUGAAGUCUAGACGAUGGUCUAAAAUUAGACUACCACAGGUCUAAAAAUGAAAGUUUUCAGACGUCUAAAUUUAGACCAAGCUUAGACUAGCCAGCUAACAGAGGUCUACCAGUAUAUUGCUCAACGGCUAUCAUGAUUAUUUUGGUUUAGUACUUGGAGAUCAGUUAUGCAACUCACAGUUGCUUUUUGAAAUAGUUAUUGAAUAAUGGGUUGAAGUGCAACAUCUAAAUUCCGUCUACAGAUAUACAGAAUCUAGACGGUUGAAAUUAGGUCUAAAAAUAACUUGACGUCAAACAGCCGUCUAUUGCUCAUUGGGUUGUAAUUCUUAAUGUGACCCAUUUGACGACCCAAAGAAAGCAGGAUGAGAUUUCAGUAAAAUCAACCUUGACUUGCACAGAAGUUUCAGACUGACUCCGCCUCUUUUAUGUCUUUUAAGGUCAACACGUUUCAGGCAGUGAUUGGUUACGAUGAGACCGACUCCUACGCUCUGUUCCUUUACCCUGAAGGCGGCCUAAACUUCUUCGGGACGCGACCAAAGGUGAAGUAAAACACAAGAACUCAGUUUUUCUGCUUUGACGUUCAAUCACUUUUAUAAAAAAACAGCAAUUUUGUCUGAACGCUUUAAUUUGCUUCCAGGAGUCUUACAACGUUGAGAUCGAGCUUCCCGCAAGAGUGGGCUUCAGCAGAGGGGAGGUCACAUAUUUGAUCUUCUCUCGGAUUGAAGGACCUCACUACAGCGUUACCAGUGAUGAACAAACUGUGAAAAACCUCUACCAGUAAGUAAAAGUCCUCAAAUUUGCUUACAAAUGUCAUUUUAUGCAGAUGAGAUUAACUUUGCUAACGAUGUAAAGCUGUAAGGUUGGGCACACACACACACUCUCACUGUUUUCUUGCUCUGCAGGGUCGGUAACACAGGGAUCCCCGGGGUUUGGUUGUUCCACACUGGAAACAGACACUCCUUUGACAACAUCGUCCCUGCAUCCAUCGGUGGUAUUCUCGCCACACCUCCAGCUGGAGGACACGGCCUCUCUCUGGUAAUUUACUUUCUCGUUUUUACUCAUUCAUUGAGAUAAACCGUCCAGGACUGACUCUUUCAUGGUUUCUUCCUCCAGGACACCACCACCCCUGAGUACGCUGAGUUUGAGGAAUACCCGGACAACACUUUUGACCAAGAGGAAGAUGACGAUUACCCACUGACAGGCGGGGACCCCGAAUUCCAGCCGGCUCCUGCUGGAAGUGACCAGUCUGAGCCCCUUCAGCCUGAAAGUCCUGAUGUGCCCUCGUCUCCCUCUGAGGGUUCUGAUCAGUACAGGAGGGAGGAUGUACCGCUGACCUCUGAACCGAGGUACAGCUCAGAGCCGGUGGGGAGGCAGUAUGCGCCACCUAAUCCAGAGACUCAGGAGCAGCCACAGGUACUGGCUAGUUAGUGUCAAUUUCACACAGAUGAGACACAGUUAACUUGCUUUUCGAGAGAUCACAAGUUUCUACACAGUAUAUCUUUUAAAUGUGACACGAGCUCCUGCAGAAAACAGUUUAAUAUGACAAACUGGAGUCAUUACUUUCUGCAUCUGAUGAGAAAUUAUAAUUGCGGUUAAAGACCGAGUUUUGAAAGUUGUAACUGCAGCUGCUUUUUGUAAACUCUGCGGUGUUUAUGGAAUGCCGUUCUGGAUAAACUAUAAUGCGCUUGCAAAACCUCCGUCAUGAUACUCUCAUCGCUGUAAACAAUAUCUCGGGUAUGCACAGAUAAUAGCGCUCUGGUUCGAAGCAUCUGGAAGACGUUAAAAGAAAUUGGUUUGGCUUUCAAUAACAGCACAGGAAAAUAAUUGUUUGUGUGUUUUUAGACUCCUCUUGAGGUGGUGGACGUCUACCCGCCUCACAGAAAUGAACCUCCUAUUUCCCCCGGAGGUCACGUGGUCAGCGUGGAUGAAGAUGAUGUCGAUUUUGACACAGGAGGUAAGCUCAUCUGUAAAUUUGUACACUCAUGUGAAAGGAUGGUCACUUUGAGGGACAGAAAGGUAACUUUAGCUCGCCCUCGGCUGCAGAGCGGCUCAGCAGCUGGCAGUACAAUACUGCCGUUGUGCUGGGCAGCUACCAGGUGUGUGUAUGUAUGUGUGUGUGUGUCCAGAGCUCCCUCCCCUGCAACUACUCCCACAGGCCUUUGCUGUAAAUAAGAAUGAGGUCUCAGUCAACCUCCCUGGUUACAUAAGGGUCAGAGAGUCUGUUGGUGUCAAAAGUAUUCCCUUAAUAAGCCAUUUAGCUCAGGCUGAGGCGACGACAGUUGAGUUUCUACUGAAGAUGCAGGGAAAUAUCUGUCUGCAGUUGACGUUUUAUUUAAAAACAAACUGCAGAAGUCCAAAAAGACACAUUUAGAUAUAUUUUUAAUGAAAACAGAAGAGUUAAAAACUUCUACAAUAAAUAUUAGCUUUGUAACUGUGUUAGAAAUGGAGGGACUUAUGCAAGUAGUAGUAGCAGCUGGAAAGCAGGCAGGUCCACAGCAGCAGCGAUCCAGAGGAUGAGGGAACUCAGGGACUCCCAGAAAAGACUACAGAGUCAUGAAGCAUAGCUGAGCCAUCCCAUUGCACAACUUAUUCACUAAUUUGUUGUCUCCGUUUCAGCUUCUUGAAACAGAGCCUCUUAAAUUCCAUUUCAGCUUCUUCUUCUUCUUUAGAGGGACAGUUUUAGAGGGAGCGUGUGAAGGAUUCGAACGUCUCCAACAUGACGCUGUCUACAUUUGCUCAUUGUGUGUGUGGGUGUGAUUUUUAUGAUACUGAGAGAGAACAUAAAAACAGUGCUGUGUUUAUCUGUGGGAUUCCCUCAAAAGACCUGGCACGGGUGUGUUUAUGUGUGUAAAAGCGCUGUGAUUGCUCUCCUGUGUGUGUGCGCGUCUGUGCCUACGAAAAUAUCCAACAUCCUGUGUUCGUUUGAGGGCGUUUCUGUGUGUGAUACUCCUGUAAGAUGACAGAAUACUGCCUUUUGGAUUAAAUACAAAAAAUAACGAAUAAGGAAGGAGAAACUGGGGAAUACAGAGUCCUGUGGGAAUGAUUCUGUCAGCUCAGCAGCCCCGUUUUCAAGCUGAUCAUCCAGUUCGUUUUGUGUUUACUCCAAAGAAAUCAACAACAGAGUGAAUCACAUCCUGUGUGUCAGAGGAUUGUUCUCCAGAAAGGACAGUCGGCCCAACGUGUUUAACAGAACGUGAACUGUAACUAAACACAUUUAUUAUUUGAUACACACUCGCAAAGUCGACUGAGAUAUGUGUCAAACAAUAAAACGCCAUUCGGAGGUUGAGAAUCGGAUGAAUAUGUGAGUGUGGGAGGCAGUGCUGAAACAGCUGGUUUCUCUCCAAGUAGUGGUUUGACGUGGGUCUGUGUUUGUCCCUGGAUCUUGUCCACCUUUUGUUCCUCGUUUCUAGAAAUACUUGGAAACAGCCUUUUAUUGUUCAAUAGCCAAUUAAACGAGCAUGUUUGUGAUGAUAGUAUUGGAAGAGCACAAGGAAAAGUAUCUAACUUCUCGUUUCGGCAUCAAAACGCGUAUAACUAUCCGAUAAAUUAGCUGUUUUGUCAACAUUAGUGAAAGAUUUAAUCCUAAAAGUGUCCAAAAGAGAUGGUAGAUGGUGAUUUUGAGCCCAUGCAGUGAUUUCCACUCCAGAGUCAUGUCAGUUCCUAUGACAGUGCCACCUGGGGGCUUGAAGAUCCAGUGUUGGUUUUUGAUUUUUUGAAUCUUUUAUUUUGAAAUUGUUGGAUGUAAAAAGGCGCCUCUUUUAAAUUCCCCCUGUUAUAUGCAUUCAUGUUACUCAUCAGUUUAGAAAUCAACAUCCCUUGUCUGAUGAUGUUCUUACAGGUUAUUUUUUUAAAGGAGCAUUACGCAACAAUCCCAGCUUUUUUUGUUAGAACAAUCCUGUCUACUUUGAAACACGUUGCUGGCAUCAAAUUUGAAAAAAGCACAUUGUUUUCAUAACAUAGUAAUCUGUUUUUUUCCCCAACACUUUACACAGUGUCCUAACUUUUAUGGAAUUGAGAUUGCACUCACAAGAUUGAUUACUUCCACCUGGGCCUAUUGCACAACAGUUUUGGAAUUAGGGCGGCAAAGGUCAAGUCAAAGUAUUUAAAACAACAGAAAUUGUGGAUCUCAUAGUACUUCUGCAUUGUAUGUAAUUCUGCAGGAUCUUGGAUGAAGGACACAAUUUCAUAUAAUGUAAUUAAAUGAUAAUGUCUUCUUAUCUGUCUUUCAGUGAUUCACUACACUACAGAGAAUAAGGAGACAUGUGCCAGGUAUGAACUCAGAGAAAUAAUAUAGACUGUUCCUUUCUGGUAUAAGAACUUUGUAUUCGUUGUAUUGCGAUAUAUUGUAGGCAGGAAAUCUCAGCAGGAAGAUGAUGGGUUUUUGAUUUUUGUCAGCUGUAAUCAUCAAGUUUCUUUUUUUCUUACAGAUUCCAGCAGCAGUGCUCCCAGAAUGCAUUCUGCUCUGACUACUCCACAGGCUUCUGCUGCCACUGCCGCUCUGGCUUCUAUGGGAACGGGCGUCACUGUCUACCCGAAGGUAGGAGCGUCGUCGUUAUGCCUCAACCUGUGGGAUUUUGCACUAUCUUCAUAUAGUAUUGUGUUAAAUUCCUGUGCAUCUCUUCCAGGUGCUCCUCAGAGAGUUAGCGGGAAGGUUAGCGGGACGGUGACAGUGGGUUCGACUCCAGUGGAGCUGAACAACAUCGAUCUGCACGCCUACAUCGUAGUGGGAGACGGAAGAGCGUACACCGCCAUCAGCGAGGUAUGAAUCCAGAAACAAAACAUCUCAAUGCGUCAUCUUUACUCUUACAGUUCCGUGUUUGUAAACUUUGCUCUAAUUGGUCAGGUUCCCGAGCCUGUGGGCUGGGCUCUGAUGCCGCUCGCACCAAUCGGAGAGCUGUUUGGAUGGCUGUUUGCUCUGGAGCUGCCGAACAGCCAAGCAGGGUUCAAAAACACAGGUGAACUGGGUUUGUCUAAAAGAGAGAGAGUGUGUGUGUGUGUACGUGUGUGUGUGUGUGUGUGUGUGUGUGUGUGUGUGUGUGUGUGUGUGUGUGCGUGCUUAUACUGGCUUGUAUAUCUUGGAGCACAUGUGUGGAUAGAAGGGGGGACUCCUCUACUAUGUUUGUGUGUGUGUGUGUGUGUGUGUGUGUGUGUGUGUGUGUGUGUUCUGUCUCCCAGCCAGCUGUAUUUUCUCCAGGGAUGUGAUGUGAUAUCAGGCUUCCACCUCCCCUCUCAAAUAGGAAGCAGCUGUGUGGUGUGUGUAGGUGUGUGUAUGUGUGUGUGUAUGUGUGUGUGUGUGUGUUCUGUCCUGAUAGUCCCGUUGCAGACCUCUCGUAUAUGAUAUGUAUCCGCUGCGCUGAUUUGUGUCUAUAAUGAAAUUGAUCUAUAAAUAGAGGAGUUGAUAUAUACAGACGUGCGCUGAUUGUGUCACCAGGCGCCGAGUUCACCCGCUAUGCAGAGGUGGUCUUCUACCCCGGCAACCAGCGCCUGUCAAUCAUCCAGACUGGCCGCGGCCUCGACGACCACAACCACCUGACUGUGGACACUGUAGUCAGUGGAAACGUGCCCUUCCUGCCCCCUGGAGCUGAAGUUACCAUGGAUCCCUUCAAGGAAACCUAUCAGUACUACCCAUCUGGUAACCAUAACAACCUCUACGCUCAACAUUAUCAACAUUAAACCUUUCCAUUUUUUCAACAUAGUUUGAUAUCAUCCUCCAGUUGCUACCUCCACCUCCGUGAGGGAGUACAUGGUGGUCUCGGCAGAGCGAGGCUCCGAGUCCUUCUCCUUCCAGCUGAAGCAGAACAUCACCUACCGCGACUGCCGCCACGACAACCGCGCCACCGCUCCGGAGACGCUGCAGAUCACCAUGGAGAGGGUGUUUGUGAUGUAUGUGAAGGAGGAGCGCAUCCUGAGAUACGCCAUCACCAACAAGAUCAGCCCAGUUGGAGGUGAGUCAAACUCAGAUUUCACAAAAACUAUAAACUCCAUUGAUGAGAGCCAACUCUUAAACGUUCAUGUAUGGAAAUUUGACUUGGAUUUUAUGACUCAGCAGGAAGCAGAUUUGCUGCACUAUUUCAAAUAUCUGAUCUUGAACAGGUUUUCAGCAAAGAUUGUUAAAUUGACCUCAAAUUGCCACAGAUGGGUGCCUGAUACAUCACAAUGCGCCUGCUUUUGCUCUCCAUACAGACUGUUUUCUUUAUAGCUGCGCCAAAGCCCGCUGAUUCAUGAUUAGUCCGUCCUACUCAGACAACACGAAUACCAACGUCUGGUUCAGUGUAAAGAGGCUCUUAGUUUCCAAUCUGUAAGCAGAGGUCAGGUUUGUCAUCUUUACGCCUGCUUUGGCUCUCCAUACAGACCAUUUUCUGUAUGUGGAGGCCUUUAACCCUCAAACGAGAGUGAAACUGGGAUUUUAAAAGUUUAAAAAAAAAACUUAUAUUGGUUCCUGAAAAACAAUUCUCUCUUCAGCAAGCGGUCAGAAACAAUUACAAACCUUAAAAUGACAACAAUAUGAGGCCACACAAGCCAGAACAUCGAGUGCUGACUGGGCUUCGGAGGACAGAUUUCGACCACAUUUUUUUGGAACUAAUUUAAGAAAUGCUGAAUCAAGACCCUUUUAUAAACAGCCCUUCAUCAAAAUAAUGAUUCUUGACAUGAAUCUUAAAUAAAAACACUAAACCAAGAACAAGAAGUUCAUUUUGUAACCAGGUUAGAAAACACAUGCGAACAGGCUACCUGUGGUUAGGGGGGAAUAUCCAUCAGUGGUCUGUUACAUUGAAGAGUGUGUGAGUGAUGGCCGUAAUCCAGUCCAGACCACCGCUGUCAGUCCAUAAGAGGUUUGACACACUGAAGGCGUUAAAAACGUGAGGUUUUGUGCUCCAGAGCCACAACUAGAGACCAGACCUCAUGGUAAUUGUACCGCUGAACACAGAGACCUCAGCCAAACCACGAUGUAGUGCUCAGCUUUGAACACACACGCUGCGAGCGGCGAUAAAUCAUACAUUACAACCAUAGAAAAACCAUUUAAGAACGGCUCUAUUACCUCUGCUGUUCUGCUGUGAUUGAUACCAAAACCUGCAGACACUCAGUUCCACUCAGAGUGACCACAGUUUGCGUCACAGCUGACUUUCCAUACUUGUAGUUUUCUCUGUUUAUGAUGGGGAUAUAAAUAAAGCGUUGAAGCUUUUGUGCAGAAUAAUCCGGUGGAACUAAAAGGAAGGCAGAAAGUUCCAGGAAGAUUGAAGCUUAUGUGGAGGGGAAAGUGCCGAGCUCAUUGUGGAUUUUCUGUUUGGAGAUACUUUGGAGCAAUGAAACACAAAACUUAAACCAUAACGAUUUGUGGUUAAGGAGGCACAAAUGAGCCACAAUGACUUUAGUCCUGCUGUUAAAUGAAUACAUUAAGGUGGAAUGUAAUCAAAAUGGUUGAGUUUAAUCCGACUUGUUUACUUUUUCUUGGAUUUGCAAGACCAUUUUAAGCCUCAAAUCCUUUUCUUAAUGUUUCCAUGUAGCCAAUUAAAUUUUUUAUCCAUUUGAUUUGAAUUUACAGCCAUGAAACUGAUGAAUUUAAAGAUUUUUAUGAGUUUGAAAACACCUCAGAUGAUUGAAUCAUAGAAGUUUGUAAAAUUUACCCACAAAUAUCUUUUUGUCUUUUUUUUUGUCAACAAAAGUUUGAAAAAGCACAAAAGUUUUUUAGAGAUGCACAUUUCUAGAGUUCCUGUUACUUUUGGUAGAAAUGUAGCUUAAGUUGUAUGUGGGUUUUGUCUGGCUAAACUGACAUUUAAUCACUUGUCAGGAGAACAUGUAACCUGGAUAGGUGUGGAAGGAGGACUGAAAGGUGGUCGGCUGGCUCUGCUACCUUUAGCCGGAUUUAAAAAUAUGACAUAGUAAAUUGAGCUCAUUUUUUAAUUAUUACCUGAAGUGAGAGUCUCCAGGAAAUUAGACCCCUAAAAUACAAAAAUAUGUGUAGUUAUUCUGUCGGCACACAGUGGUUCAAGAUGCUUUCUUUACCCGCUCCAUCUGAGGAAAACCAGGAACACGUUGACAGAUACAAGAGACUCUUAGAUGAAGAGGGAAUUACUGAGAUUGAGAAAGUAAAAAGACGAAUCGGUUUGCCUUGUUUUUGAGUUCAAACUGAGUUUUUGUCAUUUAAAUGUCAACGCGCUGAUUAUAAAGGUUAUGAUGACACAUCUCACAUGCACAUGUACACACAAUGACACAAGCAGAGCACAGCUGGAAGAGCUUUCAGAGAUCAGGGGUUUUGUAAACACGGGUUAAGUGGUGUGUGUGUGUGUGUGUGUGUGAGAGAGAGAGAAAGAGAGAGAGAGCAUGAGUGUGUUUGUGUGUUAAAGGGUCUUACACUUUCUGGGAAAUAAUAUCCCAGCCAAUGACAGAUUUUCUGGAGGGGGGGGGGGGUUGCCGGGCAGAAUAGCUGCCCAAUGAUGUCAUGAGAAGCAGAGAUUGCAGGAGACCUUAAGACACUGAGGCGAGGGAGAGAGGACGAACCCGACUCCAGCGUGUGUUUGCUGUAUCCUGUCGUCACCUGGGAAUGUGGAUGAUUAAAGUUAAACCGCCUUUAUAACUUUUUACAGCCGUAAUCAGAACAAACCUCCUUUAAGAGUCACAUGACCAGGAGUCAGUUUUCAAGCUGAAUUGUAAAAAAGCAUUUUCACGCAUUUUAAUAAACGGCCUGUAAUUAAUAUUUCUGCCUAUACUUCUUACAUUACGUUACUUACUUUGCAUUACUUAAGUUGGAUUACUGUUAUUAUGUUAUUUACAUUACAUUCAGGAAUCAAAGUGUUGUUUUCCGCCAAAAAGCACGUUUUUAAAUCUGCUUCCUUCCCUCUACAAAACCACAGUCUUAAAUUUUAGGUCAUUGAAAUGUUUGAGUAAAAGUCACUGAUGAUAGAUAUUAUAAUCUGUGUUGCAUUUAGAGUGAUUCACUUGAUUUAAAGACACGUCAUGUCACCUUUUUGCCACCCAGAAAGAGUUACAGCUACGCCUCUGUGAAACCAGCCUGUUUGUGUGUGUGUUUGUGUGGAGGAGUUUAGUAAAAAGCAACAGGUGGGAAACUGUAGCCAUUGCUUUGAUGGCAUGCAGUGCUCUCUCUCUCUCUCUCUCUCUCUCUCUCUCUCUCUCUCUCUCUCUUUCUCUAAUUACCCCUUAGCCCUCUCUCCCAUCCACAUGCAUCUCGCCCUCUCAUCUCCUCGUCUUCCCCGGCCACAUUCAGCACUUUGAAGAGUCUCUGUCUCUUUGAUAAUGAGCCAAAAUUGGCCUCUGGCUGAAGGAGAUGGGAGCAAGCUGUGCCUCAUGUCUGUGUGUUUGGUUUUGUUUAGGUCUAAGUGUAUGUGUGUGUGUUGUAUUUUAUAGCUGAUGGUGGUAAAGAAAAAGACCAUCCUUUAACACUUAAGCAUCAUUUAAAACGGUUAUUACUGAUCAUGAGAUUUUUUUCAUGUUCCUUUAGGUGGUUUAUGUUUCUUAUUAUCGCAGAUAACGGCCCAUAUGUGGACAAUAUGGUCGACUGGACUCCAAACCACUCACAGGGAUGACAUUGAUUUUAAAAAAGUUUAACUUUGCAGACACUAAAAGGCUUUUAAAAGCCAAGGGAACCAGAAAAAAUCAAUUCCAGACAACUUUUAUCUACUAGAAUCCACAUUUUUUUGAAGAGCGAAAAAACGCCAUAAUAUUCGUGUUUGCAACACUUAAAGCUCCUGUGAGGAGUUUUUUCACAUCAGUGAAAUAGGCUGAAAUUCAUAUGGAUGCUUUUUUUAAGAUAUACAAAAGCAAAGGAGGGCAUCAGGAACAAAACUAAUAUUCAUACACUGUGAUUUUUAAUGCUUGAAACUAGUAUAAGCGGGUAAAUGUCAGCAGUGCAGCUCAAGAAACAGCCCGGUUUUAAGUGUUUUAGCAAUAAAUGAAAUGUUUGACAGGAUGUGAGACAGCUUUAUUAAUUCCAGUCUGUUUCAUAACUAGCCAAAAACUCCUGACUGGAGCUUUAAAGGUCUGUAUCUGGGUAUCUGUAUCUUUUGUUUCAACAAAAAUGGAUUUCCUUAUCUGACUCAGUCUAAUUCAGAUCAGAUCAAACAUGAAUUUUGUCCAGAUCCACUUGGCCACCCAUCCUCAAUCUUUCCGAAACACUUAAUUUUUAGCACAUUUAUACAUCUAUCACAUUUUUCCCUAAUGCUCUUUUCAUGGUUCUCUCAACUGUGUUUUUUCUUCACAUUUGUUUUCCAGAAAUUAGUCAAAGCCGUGCCUUUGUCUUUGAUUGUCUUGUGUGUCGGUAUGAGGAAACCCCGACCACACAUCCGCUCACUCAUCCGUCUGUCUGUCGUCUUUCUCUCAUGUAUAUGUGUGUCUAACCUCAUCCAUAUGUUGAAUAUUGAAGGGAGUCACUUCCUCAGAGGAAACCCUCCUAUGGGGGUUUGUCUGGACCGAUCUCACAUGUGUGUCUGGUUAGGCUGUCUUGUAAUCAGGGCUGUAAUCAUCAGAGUUUAGCUAGUGAACGAUCCAGAUCUCAAUUAAUCUCAAUUUAAGGGCAUUCAGAGUGUGAGCAGUUGUGCUGAAUGUUGUCCUCUGAUUGUCUCUGUGGUAGGAUUCAAAGGUUGAAAGGGAGAAUCUUGACUUUUUAUCCUCAUAGACCUUCUCUAAGAAUCCUGACUUUUUCAUAGCAUCCUGACUUUUUACCAGAAUCCCAGCCUUUUCUCAUUUUUCUGAUUUUUUCUUAGAAUCCUGACUUUGUCUGAGUCCUAACUUGUUUCUUAAAUUUUCUGACUUUUUAUGAGAAUUCUGACUUCUUUCUUUGAAUCCUGACUUAAUACCAGAAUCCAGAUUUUUUUUCUUAAACCAAACUCCUGAUUGUCACUCAGACUUCUUACUUAUUUUUAGAGCUCUACCUAUAAACUCAGAAUUUCUCCUUUUUCCUCCUUCCUUUUUAGUGCCUCCCUACCCUUGUUUAGCUCUUAUUUGAGCCUAAUAUUGAAAUUUUAAUUGUUUCAGGAAAAAUAUAUGUUCAUUUUAAAUUCAUUACCAGUAACAUGUUUGCUAUUUAAAAAUGUUGUAUUUAGAUUAAAAAACACCCGGAGGAACCUCUCCUCAGUAAAAUUGGGAAGGUUUCAGGAUUUUGUGAGAGACUGUGUGAGCAAAGAGUUCAACAGUUUCAGAAUAAAAUUCAUCGGUGUGAAAUCGAUUUCAUCAUUUAUAUUGCAUGUUGUUAAAAAUUCAGAUUUGAAGAAAGGUCACAAGGUCAAGGCCUAAAGUUCUGCGUUGAAAAACAGACAUGACUUUGUCGUGGAAAUCACGGCAUGGGUUCAAAAUCACUUCUGGAAACCAUCGACGGUGAACACAGCUCUUUCAGUAAAAACAAAGAAGAAAAGUGUAAAGUACCAUUAAGAUUAAUCUUCAUCUGUCCUCCUUUUAUCACAGUUGAACCAACUGGGCCAGAGCUGGUGAACCCGUGCUACGGUGGAAACCACGACUGUGACACCACAGCUCAGUGUAUCCCUCUGGAGGGUCAGGACUUCCAGUGCCAGUGUGCCACUGGGUACAGAGGAGACGGACGCAACUGCUACGGUACCUUUGUCUCUCUGUGCUUUAAAAAGACACAUCUGAUCCUGAAAGAGUCCAGGGUCUGGGCAUCUCAAAUGCCUGAAGUGUUUUGUGUCUGUGUGUGUGUAUUAGUGUGUAAUAGAGUCUGACAUAUCUAAACUGAGCGAACACAUGUAGACAAAGUAAAGACCGUUCAUGGCAGAGUGCCUGUGUUUCAUCAACAUCUGUCCAUCCAGAGGAGAAGGGGGUCAAGUACAGGCUGGGGGAAUGAAUCAUCUCAACCCUCUUCUUCUUCCUCUUCUCUCCUCUCACCCCUCCCUCUUCUGCUACAUUCUCUUUCUCCUCAUCUUUUUGCUAACUCUGUGUUUGCUCCUCUCAUCCCUUCCUCUUCUGUUCACUCCUAUUGUCCUCUUAUCUUAUCUUCCCACCUCUAUCUCUUAUCUCUCUUCUUUCCCCACCUUGUUUCCUCUUCUCUUCCCCUCAUCUCCUCUUCUUUUGCCUCUUCUUACCCUUUGUCUUCUUCUCCUUUUCCUUUAUCCUAGUCUUAAUAUUGUUGUUCACAGAGCCUCUCAGUACUCUGGGCUGGAUCAUGGUCUGUCAUUAGCCCAGCAGCAGGUCCUUCUCCCUCUCUCUCUCUCUCUCUCUCUCUCUAUCUCUGGUUUUCUCCUGCUGACAGCGCUAGGAAGGCCUCAGGCUGAGUCACAGUUCCCAGGAUUAGACUUAAGUCUCUCUCUCCCUUUGCCUGUGUUUUAAUCCUUAUAUUUAAAAUCCAUCCGACAAUGUUGUCAUGAAAACAGGGGUGACAACCUACGUUAAAGUUACACAAACUGGCAGGAACACAAUGUGUACAUACUCCAACAAAAGCACCAGUAAUUAGACCGUUACACCUUGUAAACUCGCAAACAGAUUCCUGGUUUAUAGGUGGAAGAGUUAGUGUGAAACUCACUUUUAUUCUUUUUUUUCUCCUCUCUGCAGACAUCGAUGAGUGUGCCGAGAACUUGAGCUCAUGCCGUGCUCAUGCUGAGUGUGUGAACCUACCUGGCAGCCAUCGCUGUCAGUGCCAGAACGGCUACGAGUUCGGCUAUGACGGCCGUACCUGCGUUGGUGAGUACCACCCCGAUUCUAAAAAUGUGGGACAAAGUUGGUUUAAUGCUUUUCCAGUCAUUUAAACUCAGUAUUUGAUCAAAAUUAGUGAAAAGACAACAUAUUAAACAUCUUUAUUACAUUUUUUAUUGUGUAACAAAAAAGUAUGUGCUCAUUUUAAAUGUCAUGAUAGCAAUGCUUUUUCCAGAAAGUUCUUUGGUAACACUUUACUUGAUGCCUCUCUCUAUAACGCAUUAUAAAUAUAUGUAUAAUGUGUUAUAAUCAAGUUAUAGCACUGUAUUACUAUAGUUAUAAACACUCAUGCAUGAUCCUAAUGCUUUAUAACAAUAAUAAUUACACACUGUAAAGCAUUUUAUCAUGACUUACAAGAUCAGGUAUAACACAUGACUCUCUAUAAGUCCUGAUAAAAUGUUUUAUAAUGUGCAAUGAUUAUUGCUAUAAAGCAUUAUGAUCAUGUAUGAGUGUUUAUAACUAUAGUUAUACAGUGCUAUAAUGUGAUUAUAAUGUAUUAUAAAAUAUUUAUAAUGGGUUAUAGAGACAGGCGUCAAAUAAAGUGUUACCAGUUCUUUCAUUGACAAAAAACUCUAAAAAAGAUGCAAAUUGCUAAAGAAAACCUAUUAUGCUCAAGUGCAAUAGAUUUGUAUCAUUACAGUUUAUAAAAAAGGCAUUUCGUAUCCCAAAAGUAACACACUGUGAGAGACUGCAUGAGCUAUUAGUUUGAUAAUUACAGGAUUAUGAACUUUGGUGUUAAACUACAAAGAAUUUGGGGAUUUCAUCACCUGCAUUCACAAUAUUCUGCAAAUAAUUAAGAGAAUCUGGAGAAAUUUCUGCACCAAAGUGACAAGUCUGAUAGCUGAAACUGCGUGGGUGUGACACUGCAUUUAAAAAAGACAUGACUUUAGAGUGGAGGUCUACGCAUGGGACCAAAAUCACAUGCAAAAAACCAGUGGAUAUGAUAGCGUGUUGCUGCAUCCACAAAUGCAUGCUAAAAUUGUACCGUGUGUCCAAAACAGUUUAUUUUUGUGUGUGUUAAAUUGCUUCAUCAUUCCCCGCAGCUGUUAUUUCUCCUCUAAAAUGAACCAAAGUCCAUUUUUGUGUUUCGGUCUUUGGGCUGAGCUCCAUAAUUGCUCUUAAAACUGACACAAGCAAGGAUGUCAGCUGAUGCAACCCACCGGAGUAACCGAAUCUCAUCCUCUUCACGGGUCGUUUGCGAGCUCCACGUGUUGUUGGUCAAAUAAGACACGUCCUGAAGGGUGUAGUUCUCCGUGUUCUCAAAAUCGAGCCCAGUAUUUUGGAAAAGAUCCACAUAUUUGUCCCAGCGCAGGCAUAACAUUUCUUCCACAACAGUAACGCACAGCUGCAAAAGCGAGACAACGCAGCGAGAGAGAGAGGAGAGAGAGGGAGGAUGGGUGACAAAUGUGAGAACGAGGAGGGGAAGGAGGAGAGGGUGAGAUUAGACAGAGAGGGGGGGUGAAAGUGGGAGACAAAUGGAGCAAUGACACAGUGUGUGUUUUUGCUUUGGAAUGUGUGGAGGAGAGAGGUCCUGCCGGUGUGUGUUUGUGUGUGUGUGUGUGUGUGUGUGUGAGUGUGUGUGUCCUGCUUUCACCCAUCAGUAUGAACUUUUGAUGAACCUCCUUUAAACUCUCCUCACCUUCCUCUUCACUGAUAAAGUCCCAUUUCACAUUUUAAGGCCUCGAAAUGAUUUAAAAACCCCAGAACAAACACAGAUUAGAUAAAAAUAAUUUCAGGACAGAUUUGUUCUUCGACAGUUUUUAGUUUGUUGUUGUUUAUCUUUCACGCUCUCUUUGUUUUCAGACAUCGAUGAAUGCAGCUCCUCUCCCUGUCACAUCAACGCCAGAUGUAUCAACGUGCUGGGAUCCUUCCAGUGUCAGUGCCAGCCAGGGUUGUACGGCGAUGGUUUCUAUUGUUCUCAGCAGGAAGGUCAGUGAAAUUUAUGUGUUUGUGGGUCGUUUCUGUGGUUGUGUGACUCCCAUUAUCGUAUUUGGUAAUACUUCGUAAAGCUGAAAACAAUGAUUGUUUGUGACUUUGUGUUUUUCAGCUGAUUUAAUUUGCUUCACUCUCACUUUCGUUUGCAUAAUCGGAACUUUUGCAACACAACAUCAAGCGGAUUUUUGAGAUGUGAUGUUCUGAAUUUGUCUACAGCUCAGACAGUCCGCCCAAAGACUCAGUGUGAGCAGCACCGGGACAGUCUGCAGAGUGGAGAACCAGGCAGUCAACCAAGUCUUGGCGCUUUCAUCCCCCAGUGUGACUCUGAGGGACAGUACCGACCCCUGCAGGUAGAGUCUGAGUGUAAAGUGAAUGACUGAAUGACUGUAGAGCUUUAAUAAGCAAUGAGCUGAUUUCUAAACUGAAUUACAACAGUGUCACGGCUCUACUGGACACUGCUGGUGUGUGGAUAACAGAGGGCAGGAGAGAGCCGGAACCAGGACUCCACCUGGUACAGCACCCAGAGACUGCAAUAAACCAGGUGAGAGAGAGGAAGCCUAUUUAACACAGUUAUUUCUCGACCUGCGUUUGCACUUUUUAAUUUCAUUCAUGAAAGUUGAACAUAUGAGACGUGUAUUUGCAAGCCUAAGUUCUGUCCAUCUUUAUCACUCUAGAUGAGUCAGAGGGUCCGAGAACUCUCUGUGAGCGCCACAGGGAUAGUGUUCAGACCACCAGUCCAGAGGGAUAUCCUUUGCUAGGAGCCUACGCACCUCAGUGUGAUGCUAAUGGAGAGUACAAGUCUUUGCAGGUAUGUCGCAAAUUCAGGGUUUGAAGAGGCUACCUGCAACUUAAAGUAGACUAACCUGGAUUUAAAGCUCCUGUGGGGAACUUUUAACUCAACCUUAGUGCCCCCAAUGGACAAAAUCAUUAUUAUCUCUUCAUUAAUGCACUCAUUUCCUUUUUGUACAUCAUAGGGACCAAUCACAGUUGAUUUUCUGUCUGUUUCAUAUGCAAUCUAAAACUACUCAUAGGAGCUUUGAGUUCACCUACACUCGUCCCCUUGUACCAGUUUCAUGCACAAUUAAAAUUUUACAUUUUGUUGCUUAUGGUCUUGUUUGUUUGUAUAUAAUAAAAGGAUAAAUUUUAGUGUAUUUCUAAAAGUUUAGAAAAGAAAAAAAGAUCUCUUUACCGGAGCUUUAAUUUGUGAUUUGUGUUAUCGUUGUAGUGUCAUGGUUCCACUGGAUACUGUUGGUGUGUGGACAGAAAUGGGCAGGAGAAAGUAGGAACAAGAACGGGACCUGGACAAACACGGGCAGACUGUGAUAAACCAGGUAAGGGUUUAUCAUUAUAUUGUUAUUUUUGAUAAAAAAAAAACAUCCUCCACAACAAAUUUGGUUAAACUUUACAUGGAUUUUAAUUCUUGCUGAUUGUCACAAAGUGUAUUGGUCUGUUUUCUGGUCAAAUAUCUUGUUACGUUUACUGUGCGCCACAAUUGCCUGACAAGUAAUGAUUGAAAACCUUAUUUUGAAACAUUAUGAGCAUUUAAAAAAGACCUGAACUGCCCUCAUUUAGUAAAAAAUAGCUACCAGAGCAUAGAAGGGCCCCUGGCACAACUCACCUGCAUUUAAGAGGCACUUAAGUUUUUUGUAUUUCACGUCCAUUAAGUAAAUAAACCUGUAAGAGGCGGUACAAUGUGAUCAAAACCAAAGCAGCAAGAAGGGAUAUCCUUAUUUUUGGUCAAGUUUCAUGAAAAAUCCCCCCAAAACAACCGAUAAUAAUCUCUCUUUAGACUCGCUCUGUUAGGGUAAAUCCCCACAUCUUACAAAAUCCAUACUCCUAAUUUUUUAAUGCCUGUCUGAUGUGAGUUUAAGUGUCCAAACCCAAGCUGAGAUAAUCCCAAUGACAUCACGGUGACAUCAUUACACUCUCAAAGUCGACAAAGCCCCACCAGAGGUGAAGAAGACGUAAUAUGGCAGUUCUUUCAAGGCGUAGCAGGGUUUACCAUUACAAGUAAACAUGUUGGGUAAAAUGAGUGGAACGCCCCUUUCAAAGCCAAUGAGGCAAUUAUGGACUGAUCCCAUUAUCCCAGGAUGUAACAAAAGCUACCAAAGCAAGUCGACUGUUUUUUAUGGGUCUAAACGUGAUUCGACAAGACACCAAAAACUGUUCCUUUAUGCAGAUGACACCGUUCUGCUGUGCUUCAUCACCUUUAACCAAUUGUAUAGUUGAAACUGAAUCUAUAAUGCUCUACUAUUUGGAUGCUUAAGUAAUUUACAUAAUAGUAUUAGUACGCUAUCACAGAAUUGUGCUCUGUUUCUUUUUAUUCCCCCAGAUGAACAACAGCGUCCUAAAACUCACUGUGAGCUCCACAGAGACAGCGUACAGACCACCAGUCCAGAGGGAUAUCCUAUCGUCGGAGCUUACGUACCUCAGUGUGACGCUCAUGGUCAAUACAAAUCAUUACAAGUCAGUAAUUGUAAUUUUUCGUAUUUUCACAUAAAUAACUCAAAGCUUAUAUGUGAAGGUUUUCGCUUGUGUCAAUUUUGGCGCCCCCUGUGGACAAAGUGUGGUCUACCUCUUGGCUGAUAAUUGUGAACACAAUUGUUACUUUAGUGCCAUGGUUCCACUGGACACUGUUGGUGUGUGGACAGUACCGGACAGGAGCGGGAAGGAACCAGGACACCUCCUGGUACACCAUCCAGAGACUGUGACAAACCAGGUGAGGUUUGGUCUGGCAUUAGACAUGUAUUUCUUAAUAAUAAAAAGCUUGUGUUUAUUGUUGUGGAAUUGUUGAUUUUUCACUGUCUUUACAAGUAAAAUCUAUUAUUUUCUUCUCAGAUGAGCCACAGCGUCCUCAAACUCACUGUGAGCUCCACAGGGACAGCGUACAGACCACCAGUCCAGAGGGGUACCCUAUAAUAGGAGCUUACGUUCCUCAGUGUGAUGCUAACGGACAGUACACGCCACUGCAGGUGAACGUCUUAUUACUGAUGGCAAAAAUAUAUAUAUAUAUACUGUAUAUAUAAUAUAUAUGUAACUUUUUUCUUUUUAUACAGAGUAACAUCAUUUUUGACUGCAUGAAAUUGACUUUAUUCCUCGUAUUUUACAGUGUCAUGGCUCUUCUGGGCAUUGCUGGUGUGUAGAUAGGACCGGACAGGAGAGAGCAGGAACCAGGACAUCACCUGGGGCACCACCAACAGACUGUGACAAACCAGGUGAGAGUGACAAAGAUGAGUAUGAAUGGAAAAAUGUCUCUGAGUUUAACAUCCCAGGGGUGCUUGAGCUGUUCCUAUACAUGUGUUAAUGGUACGAGUAUCAGCAGGUGCAUUAUGUCAUGGCUCUUCAAGGCUGCCUCGCAAAACAUUGACCUGUGAACUGCAUAAUUCCUCAGCUCAAUGACAAGUCAAACAGACAGCACGUUUACGUGAGUGUGUCUAACCUUGUAAGUGGUACUCUAUUAAGGUCAAUGGGUCCUAGCCUUGGAAUGCCUGGGAAAACAGGUGACAUCACUGCGAGGCUGUGUGUGGUAGGAAGCUUUACAGAAACGACGGCAGAGUGAAUCACUUACAUGAGGCUGAAAAAUACGGUCAAGAAAUAAGAAUUUGUUUUGUUUGAAAUAAAUGUAAAGAAACACAAAAUAAUUCAUUCAUUAUCCUGACUUUGGAUUCCUUCUACCCUGUGCUGCCAGUGAGAAAAUAGACAUCCCGCUUCUGUGAGUCUUUAUUGAUGAAAAUGUUUGUUUCACUUACUCAUUGUUGUGCUGCACAAAUUCAUGUUAUGUUUUGUAGCUUUAUAUUGUGUUACAUGUCUAAAUAUUUCUUUAUUUUACUUCACAUUAGGUUAUUUUUGUGGUGUUAGGUUGCAUUGUGUUACCUUACAUUGUGUUAUGUUACCUUGUGUUACAUUGGGUUGCGUUAUGUGUUACACAACAUGUUACGCAACACUGUGUUAGAUGAUAUGUUACAUUGAGAUAUGUAUCAGUGUGUUACACUACAUUGUGUUAUGUGACUAUACAUUGUUUAACUUUACCUUGUGCAGUGUUACGUUGUGUAACAAUAUGAUGUGUUUUGACGUGUUAUGUCACUUCACUUUGUUACAUUACCAUGGUACGCUUGUUAAAUUACAUUACAACAUUUUACUUAAUGUUACUUUUCUUGAUGUUACAUUUAAUUACAUUACAAUUAAUUAUUAAUAUAUGUUUAAUCAAGUUACAUUUCAUUACAUUUCUCCACACAUGACAAAUUGCUACUUUAGAUUUACCGUAUUUUUCGCACUAUAAGGCGCACCUGAUUAUAAGACGCACCAUCAACAAACGCGUCUAUUCACGUCUAUUUUCAUACAUAAGGCACACCGGAUUAUAAAGCGCAUUAAGCCAAACAAAACAGUCAUAUAAGUCAAACUUUAUUUAACUCAUUCAAAAACUCCGCGAGGCUACGGUAGCUGCAGUGCUCAGACAAGCCAAAAGGAUUUUAAGUGCGCCUUAUAGUGCGAAAAAUACAGGAGUUACAUUAUGUGAAAUCUCAUUAUGAUACAUGUCUUUCAUUACGUGAUGCUGAGCCUCUCUAUUUUUUUCUUCUAGAUGAACCGCAGCGUCCCAAAACCCACUGUGAGUACCACAGAGACAGAGUCCAGACAACCAGUCCAGAGGGAUAUCCUUUAUUCGGAGCUUUUGCGCCUCAGUGUGAUGCGGAUGGACAGUACACACCGCUGCAGGUGAACAUUGUCUGAGUGACAUUUGUUUGGGUUUAGCUGUAGAUUUUAAGGUUUCAGGUUCUAUCCUAACCCAUUUUUUCUUACUCCUUAAGUGUUACAGCUCAACUGGAGAAUGUUGGUGUGUGGACAGUACAGGGGAGGAGAGAGUAGGAACUAGGACCUCUGCAGGAGCGCCACCGCCAGACUGUGACAGACCAGGUGAGGGACAACAAAACAUGCACUGAGAGACGCAAAAAAGAUGUGAAAUGUCAAAUUAAGUUGCAACAUUAGAGACUGAACGAACAAGUCAUCCACCAAAUUUAGAAAAGCUGCAAAUACAUGAGGAGUCUAAAGAAAUAUCCGUUCAGAAAGGACAAGGCUGAAACUAUCUCUGGAUGGUCAUGAUCCUGCACGAAAAAAUACAUGACUCUGUAGUGGACGUCACUGCAUAGGUUCAAAACUGCUUCCAAAGAUUCUUUUUUAUUAACAUUUUAAACAGACUCCCAUCUCUUUUGGAACUGUGGUAGAACUUUUGUGCUAAAAUAAUGGGCAGAAGUUGUGUAGCACACUGCUGCUCAUCGGGUUAAAACCACAAUUAACAGUUUAAACUGAAAAGAAUAACUUGAUUUAUUGCCUCUCUCUCCCUCUCUCUCUCUCUCUCUCUCUCUCUCUCUCUCUCUCUUUGGCUCUCUUUGCUCUCUCGCCCUCUCACUCCCACUCUAAACGUACACAAAGAGGCCGUUCUAUAAAUCCAGCCCUCGCUAUAAAUUCCAUUUAUGACCAUCCAAACAUCUGAAGUGGUCACUUCUUGGUAGGAUGAGCCUGAGGGCUGUUGCGAGGCAACCGAACCAAAACAUGACAGGUUGGCAGACCAGCUGAGCGACAAAACAGUGUUACACCCUCCCUGCAGAUGCACAUCACUCUAAAAACACAUGCUUAUAGAACUGUCCGCUUGCUCUGCCUCUUUAAAUCUAAAUGUGUUUGACUUAGUUUGAUGACUGCACAUUUAUUUGCUCUAUUUCUCAUCUGGAAGCUGCAUUAGAGGCUCUCGUACUGUCAUUAUUUGCAACGAUGGUGGCUUUUCAUGCUCAGUUUUAGUUUGUGAUUCACAUCCUGUGGUUGUCUAAAUUAAAGGUUCGGAUUAGAAACACUAUUUAUGAAGAUGUGACCCCUAAAAGGAACUUUUUAAACUUUAUUUUUGUAAACAAACAUAUAAUAAACAACAUGGGUAAGCACUUUUGAAUACAAGUGCAGCUCAAAACAUGAGAAAGUUCUGAAAAGGUCAAUUUUUCCCCCAAAUUUGAUUCAAAAAGGGAAACUUUCUGUCAAAUGGUUUUAGAUAGUUUUUGAUUUCCAUUAGCUGUAAGCCUCCAUUUCACAAACACAAGGAGGUUUGGACAAGAACCAUCUUCAUGUUUCUGUUGUUUACACUACACUUGAAAAAUGAGCUGCGAUUAUUGGGUCUGAACAGUCAAUCCUGAUAUCAAGAAUGUGUUCCCCACGCUGCCUCAUGCCAAUACGGACAAAUUCCUGCGCAGCUCAAAAGUAUGUGAAAAUGGUCUGCCAGCUGUUCCACACAUUUAUUCCAGCAAAGACAGCUGUCUGUACACAUUUUAUUUUCUGGGUUAUGAAAUCUGCAGUCAGACUCCGCCAGCAGACGCCCCUCCAAAGACCUGAGCUGGUGGAGGUGUACUGUAUGUACUGUACCGAGCUCAGAGGACUGUCAUGUAUCACACUGAGACUGUUUUGUGGAGGAAGAUAGUGUCAGAUCACUCUGUAAGAGGACUUUAUGUCAUACUUAAGGUAAUCUUUAAAACUCAGUCAUGGUACUAGAAGUUUGAACUGUCAUCAAUUAUGGUUCAAAUACCGAAGGAACAAAAAUUGAACUUGUAGUUAGUCUCAUUUCUCCAACAUUUCGCCCUGCACACCAUUAUGUUUAGGCACAGUGUUAAGGAGGGCAACUUGAGAUUAAUUUACAAAUACCAUCUGAUUUCUCUUCUCCGCCAUUUUGUCUUCUCUCAGUCUCUUAGUGGAGGGUUGUUAAGAUACCCUUACCUGAAGUAGAACCAAACACAACCAUAUUUUUCUCAACUGAAUUACUUCUAUCUGUUAUGGAUGACGCCAUCUUUAUUGUAGUUUGAUCCUUGACGGCCUCCGUUGCCUUGGUGACAAGAAUUUUCUACAGACUGCACCUUUAAAAUGAUCCCUGGUUUUCAACUUUCUUAUAAAAUUACCAAUCUAGACCAUUAAUUGAAAGGUUUUUUUUUAAAACUAAACCAAAUUCGCUGCAAAUUUCAAGAGUUGGCUUCAUGCUGGCAUCAAACACCCACAUCAAACUCAAAUCAGAGCGCCAGUUUCAGUCAGCCUGUAUUUUUGCGUACCCACAUAAUUGUUAUAACUCAUUGCCAGCUCAGGAUGCCAGCCUCGGGACUGAGAUGUCAUUUAUUUAGUGGACGGUCCACAUGCUGAUGACUUCUGGGAAGGACAUUAGAGGAGACAGAGCCUGCUAAACUUAGUUCAUCACAGAGAGGAAGCUGAGUGAUUCACAGGACCGGACAACAGCACGCUAACUUCAGCUGAAAUAAACCCCUCUGGAAAAACCUCGUACAGGACAUGAAUUUAAUUGUUUUGUUAGUCUUUGUCUCUCUGAUCUCUCACUGCAGAUCUGCUCUCUUCUCACACUUCUCUCAGAUACUCUCCUGAUCCCCCUCUUAGUUUGGAGGCUGUAGAAACUUAAAGGAGGAGAGAGAGAGGGGGGCCUGAGUAAACAUUCGUAGAAGCCUAAAGUGGUUUCGGGUGUAGUUUUAAAGCUCUCCCAUAAAAUGAGUUAUCAAAGGGGUUUUACAAGGUAAACAGUAUUGACAAAAGCAAGAUGUGUGUGUGAGCCUCUUUAAACACAGGGCCCUCCUACGCCAUUAAUCAGGCACUUAAACGCUCACUUUGAGAUAACUUUGGAAAAAGAGAAUAAAAUUUCAAUAAAUGACAAGAAAAAUGAGAUCAGACUCAUGAAAAGUUGUAACCAUGUUUGAUUCCUGUCCUCCUCAGUCCCUGUGGCUCCAACCCAGCGUCCCGAGAGUGUGUGUGAGCGAUGGAGGGCCAGUUUGAUCGAGCACUAUGGUGGGAAACCAGAGGCGCAACACUAUGUGCCCCAGUGUGAGGCAGACGGGCAAUUCAGGUAUCAAAACACGCACAAAAAUACUGUAGUAUACUGUUUUUUUUUUUUUUAAAACAAGGCUCUAAAGAAGUGCCUCUUUUCACAGUCCAGUCCAGUGUUACGGGGAGACCACCUACUGCUGGUGUGUGGACGAGGAUGGACGUGAGGUUCCCGGUACCCGAUCGCAUGCUGCUGUCAAACCUGCAUGUACGUACCAUGUGUUUAAACCUUGAUGGUAACACUUCAUGGUGAUUAUGCUCCAAAAAUGCUCAAUUGCGUCAUCAAAUGUCAUCCUAGGCCUUCCCUCAGUGGCCCCGCCCACUGUGCGUCCAUUGCCCCGCCCAGAUGUGACCCCUCCCCCAAAUGCUGACAUCACCCUGCUGUACGCACAAGGGCAGAAAAUAGGGGCGCUGCCUCUGAACGGGACCAGACUGGAUGGAAACCGGUCCAAAACUCUACUGACUCUGCAUGUAAGACUUACUCUGGUUAAUGGAGUUCUUGUAUUGAUUAAUUGACCGUAUCUAUUGUAUAUUGUUUUCAUCCAGAUCCACAAUUUACAAUCUACAGGAAGUGUUGUGUACUUCAAAAUAAAAGCACAGUUUUAUGCUUUGUCUGACCAAUUUUACGACCUUAAAUAUCAGAUUCAGGACUGGAAAUGGAUGAAAAACCAAAGAAAGCUGCAUUAGUUGAGUGCAUAUGAACACUCAUGAUUCAGUGCACGCUCAUGUAUAUACAUGUGUGUGUUUGCAGGGAUCUAUAGUUGUGGGUAUCGCCCAUGACUGCAAAGAGAAUCGAGUCUAUUGGACGGAUUUGUCUGCAAGAACGAUCAACAGAGCUUUAGUGGCGGCUGGAGCUGAGCCCGAGAUCCUCAUCAACACAAGUACGAAGACGAUCGUAAACUCCUUCAUUUCUGUUAUAACCCCCCCUAAGGACCAAUCACAACAGCUUUCAUGUCUUGCGUACAGAUCUGGUCAGUCCAGAGGGUUUGGCACUGGACGUCAAUCGCAGAAUGAUGUUCUGGGUCGACUCAAACCCGGACUUGAUUGAAAGCGCAAACUUGGACGGCAGCGGGAGGCGGACGCUGUUUGACACCGACCUGGUCAACCCCAGAGCCAUCAUAGUGGUCUCCUCCACCGGGUAAGGCCCUGGAUUCAUAACACAGCUGCUGAUUUUUGUAAUAUCUUACAUUAAGUUUAAAGAAAAAGGUUGAAAUUAAAGGAAGAAGGUGCACUUUGUUUCACCCUCCAAGCCUCGAGGGGGGAGUUUAGCCCAGAUUUACGAACAUGCACGAAUCUCGAAACAAACAAACACCCACUCUCAUGAUCGAGUGUCACGUCCUGGAGGAGCUCCACUGAAGCAGAACGAGAUAUCGGCAGUGAUUUUCUAUCAGAGGCGGCCCCAGAUGGUUUUCAGCCCAUUAGCACAACCAUGAAAUCAACAGCAUCCAAAACCUGCAGACGUGCUCUGAGUCAACACGGCCUGUUUCUAAUUCAUGAGUACAGUGGGGGGUUGUAUUUACAGGCAUUGCAUAGUGAUUUCGGUUAGAGUCUGUGACCUUAACAUGACCUCAUGGGUGUGAGACGCUGACACAGAGACAUGGACGGGAUGAUGGGGCAGCUCUUCAGCCUCUAAUCGUCAUAAUCUUGUCGUAAGAGUAACUUAAAAAUGCUUUUGUUUGACGCCAAACUAAACUGAGAAAACUGGAUUUACUGAUGCUGUUAAUCCAGGACACACACACACAAACACACACACACACACACACACACACACACACACACGCACAUGUGCAGGGUUGAAAAUAUGAGGCUGUCAUCACUCCGCUCUCCAGGAAUAACAUCUGCUUUUCGUCAUCGCAACUAAUCACAUAAUCAACAGGUAUGCAUGCAUGUGUGUUUGAGAACGUGUGUGUCUGCAGUUGUGUGUGUCUACAUUUGUGUGUGCGUGUGUGUAGAACCCUAAUUCCAAAAGUUGAUUUUAGUGAUUUUUAAAGAUAACGGAUCAGAUAUUCAAAAUUAAAAUUGAAUGUAGAUUUAAAGCCCCAGUGAGAAAUUUUAUGUUUGUGUUGAUUUUGGCGCCCCCCUGUGGACUUAGGGGUUUUGGUCUGUCACAAAAAACUGCUGACUUUUUUUACUGUUAAGCAGUGUUGUUUUCGUUGACAAUGAAAACAACACUGCGUAAUUUAUGUUUAGUGUUUGACUGAUGAAAUGCUAAUGAAUUUCGCAACUCUGUUCAUCGUCCACCACUAACGUUUUCGUCUAGUCUCGUCUUGUCAACGUAAACGCACAUUCGUCUCAUCACAUUUUAGUCAUCUAAGACUUUAGCUCGUCAACGUCACGUCUUCGUUGUGGAAAAAAAGGGGGCGUCAACGUCAUCGUCAACGAAAACAACACUGCCGUUAAGUAUAUCACUAAUUUCCCCAUUUCUCGUCACCCUAAAUGUUUUCAGGAGGCGACAGACUAGGACUUUAGGCAGACCACUUAACAUAUUUUUCACACUAUAAGGCGCACUUAAAAUCCUUUUGGCUUGUCAGAGCACUGAGCACACAGAGUUUUUGAAUGAGUUAAAGUUUGACUUUUCUGACUGUUUUGUUUGGCUUCCAUAAUCCAGUGCGGCUUAUGUAUGAAAAUAGACGUGUUAAUUGAUGGCGCUUUAUAAUCAGGUGCGCCUUAUAGUGCGAAAAAUACGGUAAGCUUCAGGACUCUGGAUUCAGCUGUUAUUUUUUUAUCGUGCUUUGGAGCCUAUGCAGUGAUUCCCACUACAGAGUCAUGCCUGGUUCUGCCUGAGGCUCUCAGAUCACAGACUUAUGGGAUUGGUUUUAUCAUGAACUGUAGUUGAUGAAAUCUCUUCUUUGAUUCUAUUCUAAGGACAAUGACCCUGAAAUAGUCAGACUGUUGCUCACACAGUCUCUCACAGAGUCUGAUCUUCACCUCUGAGAGACUCAGCCUCUUACUGGAACGCCCUUUUUUAUACCCAGACAUGUUAAUCACCUGUUGUAAAUGAACCUCAUUAGUUUGGAGACGUUCCUCCAGGUGUUUUUUCGUCAUAACGCGACUUUUUAAUGCUCUGUUGUCCCAGUUCCACCUUUUAUGAAUGUGUUGUUAACAUCUCAUUAAAAAACAAACAUAAUUUCCAGUAAAAAUAUAUAUUUUUUAUUAAAUAUGUUGUUUUUCCAAUUUAAGAUUCUGUUUUUGUUGAAGUUUUAUAGCGUCCCAGCCUUUUUGAAAUUAUGGUCUUAUGUAUUAAAUACAGCGCUUUAACACAGCAGCAACAACCCCGAUCAUAAAAGCUAAGAUGUGCGAGUUCAGAUUAUCGCUUUGACAGUUUAUUUUCUAACUCAAGGCCAAGUGUGUGUGCGCGUUUAUGUGCUUUGACUUAAAGCCAAGCCCUUAAGGUAAUUGCUGCUUCACAUGGGUACACUUAUGCAUGUGCUCUGUGAUUUCUGAGCCUUCACAUAUUGCCCUCACACACACACACAGACUCACACAGACACACACUCAAAAAUCACACACAUUAUAAAAACAGGAACAGCAUCUGCUCGCCUAUAGGAUCAUAAAUUGAUUAAUGCACACACAUUCAUAAACACAUGCUGUGUGUGUGUGUGUGUGUAUACGCUGAUUGCUCAUGUGGUGUGUGUUACCUGUGGAUCCCAGUGGACUGCCCACAUGUGCGCCAUCACGUGCAGACGAGAAGCACAAGGCGUCAGACGCAGCCCACACACACACACACUUUAAAAAUGUUCCCAAACAAGAGAAUUUGAUUGAUUUGUAGUUUUAACAAACUCGCGUCUAACUCAAAAUAAGAACAUUUAUGGGUGUAUGUUCUGAUUUAAACGAACAACACAUCCAUGAAAAGGCAUUGGGUCAAAGGUCACACAUUGCUCAGAGUAACCUGACCGUCACCUCAUCAGUUUGAGACAGCUGCUCCCCGGUGAGCUGUCCUUUUCUGCCUUCAUGUACCAACCCUCAUGGGGCUUCGGUUCUCUUAUAUGAGCCAGAUCCCACUGCUGAGCUCCAAAACCACUCCGGGUAGAAACCCCUGAUUUUUCCACAGAAGCAGGUAAAUCACAAAGCUGCAUCUUCAGACUCUGUUAUGUCGUCUUGUUGCAGAACUCUGUACUGGACUGACUGGAACCGAGAGGCUCCAAAGAUUGAGAGCUCAUCAGUGGACGGUCGGAACCGCAGAGUGGUCGUGUCGGAGGGGAUUGGCCUGCCGAACGCUCUCACGUAUGACUCUUCUUCAGGACAGGUCUGCUGGGCUGACGCAGGUAAACACUCCCUCUACUUCAGUUCUACUCCUAAAACCGCUAUCUGGGUGACUUCAGACGCUCAAAUGGUUCAAUUUUUGUACAGGUACGAAGCGUUUGGAGUGCGUGUCCUCAGACGGUUCAGGUCGAAGAGUGGUCCACCCCAGCGUCAACUACCCAUUCAGCAUGGUCUACUACAGGAACCACUUCUACUACACCGACUGGAGGAGGUAGCCAUCUUUGUGACAGCGCAAAUGUCCAAUUAUCACCGAUCACUGAUCGUUAAGGUGAUCGGUCAUCCUCUGUGCCUCUCUAUGUCUGCUGCCUUACAGGGACGGAGUGAUCGCAGUAAAUAAGGAAAGCAGUCAGAUCACUGAUGAGUACCUGCCAGACCAGCGCUCUCACCUGUACGGCAUCGCCAUAGCAACUAGCCAGUGUCUAUCAGGUGAGAUCUGUUUGAUAGAAACACAAUUACUAACCCUUUGACAUGUUCUCUCUUAUGUAUUAUAAAAAAGGCUUCAAUAUGACUCUGUUUGUAAACAAAAAAAACUCCCUACUAGAGCUUUAAAGUCAGGUUUUAACAGGUUCUGAUGGAACCACUGUUGCAGACCACUUGCUUCUCUAGUUAUACCAACUUUAGUAACGACCACACGAUAGCAAUACACAGCCGUCUGAGGAGCCACACGCUCAACCAAAACGCCACUCUAUAGCCACAAAUAAUGCUCAGAACAGCACCUAACUUCAUCAACAGUACAUAUAAGGUCCCAGCCAUGGAUAGUAACUUCAUGUUGGUUGAAUUGAGUAUUUUUCAUGCAGUUUUUCUACCUGCACUGAGCCUGUAGUUUAGGAAGUUUUAGUUUAACAGUAUUAAAAUUGUUCUAGGUUUGAACUCUCAAUCGCUCUGAAAAAGAAGGAGCACUUUUUAAUACACUUUGAUAUUUCAUUUUAGCUCAGAAGAUCCAGAGUUUUCCCCCUGAAACCCAAACUGCCCGUUAAUAGUACCCUGGAAGCACAAAUUGUGCCGAAUAUAUUCAUGCUUCAUUCUACCUUUCAGGGCGAGGAGAGGUAAUUGGCCCCAAAUUUAAGCUUUAUUCCCUCACUUUAAGUCCUGCUGUUUUUUAUCAGUCACAUCCUUGUUACACCUGAGAUCAGCAAAGAAAGAGUACAGAGGAGAUCAUGAACUCAAAAGAGAGGAGGGGCCACCUGACAUGAGCAGGUAGUUGAAGCAGCUGAGAAGCAGGCAGGUCCACAGAGGUAUCCAGAGGAAGCUACGGCAUGAUGGACUCGCAGAGAAGACUGUGAUGAUUCAAAGUUAAAGGGGUAUUCCAGCAUAAAUUUAAGUUAGGGUCAAACACACCGUAACACAGAGUUGGACACCAACUCGAGAGAUGAACGUUGCCAACCGCUUGCUUCUCUAGUUAUACCAACUUUAGUAACGACCGCAUGAUAGCAGUACACAGCGGUCUGAGGAGCCACAAACAAACCUCAAACAAAACGCCACUCUAUCGCCACAAAUAAUGCUCAGAACAGCACCUAACUUCAUCAACGGUACAUAUAGGGUCCCAGCCAUAGUACUAGCCACCAAACAUCUUUUUAGCUUUGCCUGAUUUCUUUAGCAAAGAGACUAAACACAACUCACCUACUCUCUUCCAGCAGCCGUUUGUUUGUAGCGAGACCUCAGGCCAGUCCAUUACGAACUGCUGCGGGGUGACGCAGCUCAAGGAUCAUUACUUUAUCAUUUCCUUAUAGUAAUAAUCAUCAUAUAAAUCAUUCUGCACUGCAGACACGGUAGUUCUUCUGCCUUAGCAUCUCGGUCUGAUUACAUUUCCAUGAAGAAAUGAUCAUAAAUGUUCUUCCUUGAGCUGCGUCACCUUAACCCACUGCAGUCGAUGGACUCGCCUUAAUUUUAUGUCGGAAUAUCCCUUUAAGUCAUGUGAGCCUUUACUGGAUGGAGAAACUCAUCACCAUAGGAAAACAGUCAUCACACAGCUGGAUUACACCCACUACCUCAGACUUGUACCUUUGUUUUUGUGUGCGUGUGGUGACUUCACAAAAGAGCAGCGAUUACACACAGCUGUCUGCGACCCUCCACUUCUAACCCAUGUGUGUGUGUUUGUGAAUCCACUCCACACAGCUGUGCGCGACCCUCUACCUGUAUUUUGUGUUUGCGUGCGUCAUGUUUGAUGUGCCCCUGCAUGCAGACGUCUUCACCUCCUUUCAAAGACUCACAUUUUACACCUUGAAAGUACAAAGUGGGCCUCUAAACACAGGAUAAUCCCCAAAGUGGCACCUCGGCGGGGCUGCACACAUCUGCAGGGAGCGUAAAAAUCUGCCCCUCAGUCCGACUCGCAAAAGUGAUCCAAAAAAUUGAGUUUUAAAUGUUCCUCUGACUCUCUCUAAAACCUCAAGACGAAACAACCACCGCGACUUCAAAGAUGUGGAUGUGCGGUGUAAUUGCGCCCAUGAUGACGGCUCUUAACGCUCUUGUUGAGGGUUCGGGAGCUGCUUGUAAGAGGCUUAAAAGCUGUUAUUGUUGAAUAACGUGAACACACACUGACACAUGCUCUUAACGCAGAUAAUUUGCGGUCGCCACAAGCAGUAAAGUGAAGGGCUUUGUGUGGGAUGUUUGUUCUGUCAUUAGAGCCGUCGCGGCGCUUAAGCUUUCAUCCUGUUGCGCUCAGAGUCACACAGGAAGAGAAAAUCAGACCUUUAAUGCUCCAUUUCCUCCUGCAGCUUUGAAGAAGAGGUUUGUUCUUCUACUAACAAUGGAACAUUUGUGUCAAGUAGCAACUUUCCGUCCUCGUAACGUUUGAUUUCUGUCUCAGGGAUCCAUUAACGAUGGACUGGCAGCUGAAGAGUCCUUGGUGCUAAAGCUGGGGGGAUGCCUAAAAAGAGGGGACCACCCCGAACAGCGCCCUCUCCAGUCGCCCCCUCAGAAGAAGGAUACUCAGUUGGGGAGCAAGUCGGCUUCCUCUCGCCAGAUCGACCAUCUUUCAGCGAACCCCGUCCUCUCACCUCGAACCCGACCCCGUUAUCUCACCUUAAAGAUGUAACCCCCCAAAUAACUGUUUUGUAAAUGUGUUUUAUACCUCAUUUCUAGUUUUUUUUUGUUUUCUACUGUAUUUUUGUACGUGAGUCGUUUUUGUUUUUCUAUCAUUUAAAGCUACAGGAGAUUGGAGUUUAGGUUUUCUGUCUUUUACGCCACAGAAGAAUCACAUAAAGGAGCCUCGAGAAAGUGUUAAAAGCUAAAUUCAUGCAUCAGUUUUCUUUCCAGUCAGCCGGUCACGGCGGCGGUGUUCAGAUUAAGUCAAGUGGGAAACGUACGAAAAAGAAAGAGGUGGAAUAAGGUCCUUUUUUCCUCAGCCCAGUGCGCCAGCUGGAACAUCAAUCUCUGCACUAAUAAUCUCUACUUUACACAUCAUGAAUUGACGUCAACAUUCUCCUUAAUGCCAAAUAUUUUUGCUCCAUCUACUUUUCAAAUCUUUAUCUUUUUAUAAGAUGUGAUAUUUAUAACAAUAAAAUGUGAUUUGGUACUUGA